AUGUCGGAGCCCAGGAGGAGGGGCCGCGGCCGCGGCAAGAAACACCGAGAGGGAAGAAAGCGGGAGCGAGAGCCUGAUCCCGGGGAAAAAGCCACCCGGCCCAAGCUGAAGAAGAUGAAGAGCCAGACAGGAGAGGUGGGUGAGAAGCAGUCACUCAAGUGUGAGGCGGCGGCGGGGAACCCCCAGCCCUCCUAUCGUUGGUUCAAGGACGGCAAGGAGCUCAACCGGAGUCGUGAUAUUCGCAUCAAGUAUGGCAACGGCAGAAAGAACUCACGGCUACAGUUCAACAAAGUGAGGGUGGAGGAUGCCGGGGAGUACGUCUGUGAGGCCGAGAACAUCCUUGGGAAGGACACCGUGAGGGGCCGACUCCAUGUCAACAGCGUGAGCACCACUCUGUCAUCCUGGUCGGGGCACGCCCGGAAGUGCAAUGAGACCGCCAAGUCCUACUGUGUGAAUGGAGGCGUGUGCUACUACAUCGAGGGCAUCAACCAGCUCUCCUGCAAGUGUCCUGUGGGAUACACCGGGGACAGGUGUCAGCAGUUCGCAAUGGUCAACUUCUCCAAGCACCUUGGAUUUGAAUUAAAGGAGGCUGAGGAGCUGUACCAGAAGAGAGUCCUGACAAUUACUGGCAUCUGUGUGGCGCUGCUGGUCGUGGGCAUCGUCUGUGUGGUUGCCUACUGCAAGACCAAAAAACAGAGGAGGCAGAUGCAUCAUCAUCUCCGGCAGAACAUGUGCCCAGCCCACCAGAACCGAAGCCUGGCCAACGGGCCCAGCCACCCUCGGCUGGACCCUGAGGAGAUCCAGAUGGCAGAUUACAUCUCCAAAAAUGUGCCAGCUACAGACCACGUGAUCCGGAGGGAAGCUGAGACCACGUUCUCUGGGAGCCACUCCUGUUCACCUUCUCACCACUGCUCCACAGCCACGCCCACCUCCAGCCACAGACAUGAGAGCCACACGUGGAGCCUGGAACGUUCAGAGAGCCUGACCUCGGAUUCCCAGUCAGGCAUCAUGCUAUCAUCAGUGGGCACCAGCAAGUGCAACAGCCCAGCGUGUGUGGAGGCACGGGCGCGGAGGGCAGCAGCCUACAGCCAGGAGGAGCGGCGCAGGGCUGCCAUGCCACCCUACCACGACUCCAUAGACUCGCUUCGUGACUCUCCACACAGUGAAAGGUACGUGUCAGCCCUGACCACGCCCGCGCGCCUCUCGCCCGUGGACUUCCACUACUCGCUGGCCACGCAGGUGCCGACUUUCGAGAUCACGUCGCCCAACUCUGCGCAUGCCGUGUCGCUGCCGCCCGCCGCGCCCAUCAGCUACCGCCUGGCGGAGCAGCAGCCGCUCCUGCGGCACCCAGCGCCGCCCGGCCCGGGGCCGGGGCCGGGGCCCGGAGCUGACAUGCAGCGCAGCUACGACAGCUACUACUACCCGGCGGCGGGGCCCGGGCCGCGGCGCAGCGCCUGCGCGCUGGGAGGCAGCUUGGGCAGCCUGCCCGCCAGCCCCUUCCGCAUCCCGGAGGACGACGAGUACGAGACCACGCAGGAGUGCGCGCCCCCGCCGCCGCCGCGGCCGCGCACGCGCGGCGCGUCCCGCAGGACGUCGGCGGGGCCGCGGCGCUGGCGGCGCUCCCGGCUCAACGGGUUGGCGGCGCAGCGCGCACGCGCGGCGCGGGACUCGCUGUCGUUGAGCAGCGGUUCGGGCUGCGGCUCGGCGUCGGCCUCGGACGACGACGCGGACGACGCGGACGGGGCGCUGGCGGCCGAGAGCACGCCGUUCCUCGGCCUGCGAGCGGCGCACGACGCGCUGCGCUCGGACUCGCCGCCGCUGUGCCCGGCGGCCGACAGCAGGACUUACUACUCCCUCGACAGCCACAGCACGCGCGCCAGCAGCAGACACAGCCGGGGGCCGCCCACGAGGGCCAAGCAGGACUCGGGGCCCCUCUAAGGCCCCCCCGCCUCGCCCGCCCCACGUCUCCAAGGAGAGCGGAGACCACCGACUGGAGAGGGAAAAGGAGCGAACAAAGAAAUAAAAAUAUUUUUAUUUUCUAUAAAAGGAAAAAAGUAUAACAAAAUGUUUUAUUUUCAUUUUAGCAAAAAAAUUGUCUUAUAAUACUAGCUAACGGCAAAGACGUUUUUAUAGGGAAACUAUUUAUAUGUAACAUCCUGAUUUACAGCUUCGGAAAAAAAAAGAAACAACAAAAAAAAAAGAGAGAUGGGCCAAUUUUUUGACUCUUUAAUAGAAACCUAUAUUGUGGUGCCUUUUGCUGUACGCUAAUCUGGGGCUCCUGGAGAGCCGUCUGGGGUGCAGUGUGGGGAUGGGCGCUUGUAGGAUCCCAAACUGGUGGGGGUGAGAAAGGGCGGGGCAAGAAGAUACUGUGAGGUUCUAAAAGGCUCUGAGGGUAGUGAACAGUGAGGAAGAAAAUGAAGAUAAGAUGUAAUUGUAUCUUCCCCAGUCCUCAACAGAGAAGGCAGGACGCUAGCCUUAGAGCUGGAAUUGAGAUUGGGUUAUCUCCAGGUGGAGACACAGGCCUCCCCGCUACAGCAACUAGAAUGGGGAAGUGUCUUCCCCAGCCCUCACAGCUGCUAAGGGAAAGAGGACAGAGAAGGCUGUCUCCCCACCAGCCCCCUGCCGAGGGAGGGGGCAGCUCUACCAGGGGCCCAACCUUCAGGGCUUCUCCUCCCCUGCGGCCUCCAGGACAUCCUCUGCCCUCUGCAGCACCUUCGUUUACAGGUCGUCUUUUCUAUUUUACGCCUGCAUGUCCUUUGCAUUUCAGAUUCUUUAGAUUGAAUGCAUGGUCACGCUGGGACCCAGAAGAGCCACUCCGACAGUGUAUCCGAUUCCCCUUUUAGCAAUAAAGUAACACCGUAUCCUUCUCACAGCCCAGCUCCCAACCCACCUAUGACUUCCAUCUUCCAAUCCUGCCCUCCCCAGCCAGCCCUCACAACUGGAUCCAAUGCUAAUUUGUCAAAAAAAAAAAAAGGCAAUUGUCUAAAAAGCAAACAAAAAUCCCAAACAGAAACAAAUGGGAACCCUGACAUGUCCGAACACCUGACUGUUGACACUUGAACAUUUUUAUAUUAUAAAUAAAAUCAGAAAUAACUCCUGUUUGACUGUGUGUACCUAGCCCCAGGUGAGGAGGGAAGGAAGGAGGGCCUAGGACGAGGCACAUGGGUACUGGAAGGAAGAUUGGAUAGGGCCAAGGAAGUCCCUGAGCGGAAGUGACCCUCUCUCCAGUCCCUCUGGCCACAGCUCCCAGGACCUGCUCCAAGACUUCCUUCCAAAUCAUUCAUAAGGUGUCCCCCUGGGUGCUAAGGAACCCAGCCAAGGGACUGACGCAAAUCGUUCCGCUUUAAACUCAACCUCAGAACUCUGGCCCAGUUCCUGCCCUGCAGCUAGGAAGCUGGACCUGGACCGGGGCAACAAUUUUUUGCCCAGGUGGGUGAAGAGGGAAGGGUUGUGGGGUUGGCACUGGGGCAGUGGAGGCAAAGAUGACCCUUGG